AAAUGCUAGAGAUUCCAUCGGCAGAGCCUCAACCAGCCUUGAGCCCUAUUUUUUUUCGAAAACUGUAUUUUGAAUAGUAGAUUGAUAGAGAAUAUGUAAUUAAAAAUUUAGAAAAAAGUUUUAGCUAUUCUUUUGUUGAAAAAUGUAUAAUUAAAAAUAAAUUUUGGAAAAAUGAAUUUUCUGAAGUAACUGACUCAAACAACACAAGAACUCAAUGUUAAAUCAGGUUUAAGAAUAUUUCUCCGUCUUAGAUCUGAUUCUCCUGUCUAAAGGCGGCUCCAUUCCAUCAGUCUGUCCUUGUCCUUAGAAGCACAUCUUCUUUUGCAUUUGUUAUGUUCAGAACAAGAAUGUUAAAUAUGUGAUGUUUAUCAACAAUUCUAAGCAUUGAAGUGAGUAAGGUGGAGAGAAUUGAAAGAAUAUAAUGAGUGAGGUUGACCAUAGCAUGAACUCCAAGAGAUUGGUUUUCGUGACGGUUGGAACAACAUGUUUUGAUUCUCUGGUCAGAGCAGUGGACACUCAAGAAGUUAAAGAAGCUUUGUUUAGGAAGGGCUAUACCCACCUUCUCAUUCAAAUGGGGCGUGGAUCCUACAUCCCCACAAAGUCUGCUAGAGAAGAAGGAUCUGUGGACGUAGACUAUUUUACAUUUUCCUCAAGCAUAGCUGAGUACCUGAAAUCCGCGUCUCUUGUAAUCAGUCAUGCAGGUUCAGGGAGCAUAUUUGAGACAUUGCAGCUCAAAAAACCUUUAAUUGUGGUAGUUAAUGAGGAUUUGAUGGAUAAUCAUCAAAGUGAGCUGGCAGAAGAACUAGCAGAGAGAAAACAUUUGUUUUGUGCUCGUCCCCAAACGCUCUAUCAGACAAUCUCAGAAAUGGAUCCAGAAUCUCUUACAGUGUAUCAACCAGGUGAUGCAACCCCGGUUGCCAAGUUCAUUAGCAGGUUUCUUGGUUUUGCUGAUGAUUGAUGUUGAGUACCAAGAAGUUGGAGACUAAUUGUUUAAGAUUGAUGAAAACAUGACUGCUACAAAAUUGCGGCAUAUAUUACAUAAUCGUCAAUUAUAACAGUUAUCUUUCUAUCAAGUGAAGCAAUUGAUUUUGCUUGUGAAUUUAAUAUAUUGUUGUUUUGUGGAGAAUCCUGAGCCGAUUACUUCUGAUCUCACAUUACUCGUCGGAGGCGUAUCUUGUAGUUUUAUAUAUUGACUGGCACUUCAUUUUACAA